UCGGAGCUCACACGCUGCCGGUAAACUGAAAUCUGGACCUCACGAUGGCUGCCGGCAAGAGGAGCAGAGCGAGGAGAAGGAGGGGACGCGCCGUUCACUCAGGGUGGUUUUCUUGGCUGCACAACUUUAGUGAAAUCAUGGCCGACAUAAAAGACCCUGACACAAAAGUGAAUAAUAACGAUCCUAAAACAGAAAUUUUACUGGAAGAAGCAGAAGACACCAGCAGGGGUCAUAAAGAAAAUAAACAAAAAGAAAAACCAAAGGCAGUUGGACCCUUUGAAAUUUUUCGAUAUGCGAGUCGGUUGGAUAUUUUCUUCAUGAUUACUGGAUUUCUUGGAGCUUUAGGAAAUGGAAUAUGCCAGCCGCUGAUGCUUGUUGUGUUUGGUGACAUGACAGACAGCCUUGUAUGCUACAACUCAUCAAUCCAAAAUACAUCUGCUUGUGAAAAGUUCAAACCUCUACCUGAACAGAUGAGUGAGUAUUCCCUCUACUAUGUCGGAAUAGGAGCAGGUGUUAUACUCUGUGGCUACGUCCAAGUAUCGUUUUGGGUUUUAGCUGCAGCAAGACAGACAAGGAGGAUGAGGAAAAUGUUUUUUCAUUCAGUUUUAUCACAAGAGAUUAGUUGGUUUGAUGUUACCAAAUCUGGAGAACUUAACACACGUCUAACAGAAGAUGUCAACAAAAUCAAUGAUGGAAUUGGAGAUAAAGUCGGCCAUCUUGUGCAGAAUGUUGCAACCUGUGUAGGAGGACUGGUAAUUGGACUAAUCAAGGGUUGGCAACUUGCUCUCGUCAUAUUGGCCACAAGUCCCGUGGUGGCAAUUUCAACUGCAAUUUGUUCCAAGAUGGUGGUCUCACUGACUAGCAAGGAGCUGUCAGCUUAUGCAAAAGCAGGAUCUGUCGCUGAAGAGGUCCUUUCCUCAAUAAGGACUGUGGUGGCAUUUGGAGGACAGGAGAAAGAAAUUCAAAGAUACACAAAUAAUUUGGGAGAGGCCAAGCAAAUUGGAAUAAAAAAGGCCAUUACGUCUCAGUUGGCUGUUGGGUUUAUGUUUUUUAUGAUUUAUGCCUCUUAUGCACUUGGAUUUUGGUAUGGAUCAAUCUUAAUAUUGGGCAAGAAUGGAUACACCAUUGGAGAUGUUCUUGUGGUUUUAUUCAGUGUCGUUCUUAGCAGCUACUGUGUUGGUCAAGCUGCUUCUCAUCUUGAUGCUUUCUCAGUGGCAAGAGGAGCUGCUUAUAAAAUAUUCCAAAUCAUUGACCAGGUAUCUACAAUUAACAGUUACUCAACAGAGGGGUACAAGCCCGAUAAUAUAAAAGGAAAUAUCGAAUUUAAAAAUGUGCAUUUUUGUUACCCUUCAAGACCAAAUGUGCAGGUUUUAAAAGGAUUUAAUCUAAAAGUUAAAUCUGGACAGACUGUGGCAUUGGUUGGGCAAAGUGGAUGCGGUAAAAGCACCACAGUGCAGCUCCUGCAGAGAAUGUACGAUCCACAAGAAGGAGCGGUAAUGGUUGACAGUCAUGAUAUAAGAUCUCUGAAUGUUAGACACUACCGAGAAAUGAUUGGUGUGGUCAGCCAAGAGCCUGUCCUGUUUGCAACAACCAUUAAAAACAAUAUCAAAUAUGGGAGAUUGGAUGUGACAGAUGAAGAAAUAGAGAAAGCAGCUAAGGAAGCCAAUGCCUAUGAUUUCAUUAUGGCACUCCCUGAGAAAUUUGAGACUCUUGUUGGAGAAAGAGGAGCUCAGCUAAGUGGAGGCCAGAAGCAAAGAAUAGCAAUAGCCAGAGCUUUGGUACGAAAUCCAAAAAUACUACUACUGGAUGAGGCCACCUCAGCUCUGGACACUGCCAGUGAGUCCGUUGUACAGGCUGCUCUAGACAAGGCCAUUGAAGGACGUACUACAAUCGUUAUUGCUCACCGCCUGAGCACUGUGUGGACCGCAGAUUUGAUAGUUGUGGUGGAGAAUGGCGCUGAGGCUGAGCAGGGAACGCAUUCUGAAUUAAUGGAGAAAAAAGGAAUAUAUUAUUCACUUGUAACAGCACAGGCUAUACAAGGAGCAGAAAGCACAGAAGCUGGAGAAAAUGAAGAAGCAAUGCAGGGGAAACCGCCCCUAGUGCAGAGAUUAUAUUCUAACAUGUCAAAUGAAAAAUUUUCUGUAUCUGAGAAAGGAGAGGAAGAAGACAUAGAGGAGGAGGAAACCGAAAAGGAAAAACUUCCAAACAUUUCAUUUUUAAAAAUAUUAAAACUGAAUAAAUCAGAGUGGCUGUAUAUUCUGUUUGGAACUCUUGCUGCAGCCAUAAAUGGAGGAGUUCAUCCAGCGUUCAGUGUAAUAUUUGCUAAAGUUAUAGCUAUUUUUGGGACUAAUGAUGAAGAGUUUAUACAAAGGGAAAUAAAUAUUUACUCCAUUAUAGUCACUGUUAUUGGUGUGGUUUCCUUCUUUACAUUUUUUUUACAGGGCUUCAUGUUCGGAAGAUCAGGGGAGGUCCUCACCAUGAGGCUAAGACAAAUGGCAUUUAAAUCUAUGCUGCGCCAGGAAAUAUCAUGGUUUGAUGACAAGAAAAACAGUACUGGAGCUUUAACAACAAGACUUGCCACAGAUGCUUCUCAGAUACAAGCUGCAACUGGUUCCAGACUUGGGCUGGUGGCUGAAAACUUUGCCACAAUGGGAGUAGGUAUCAUAGUCUCUUUCAUUUUUGGAUGGGAAAUGACAUUGCUGAUUCUGGUCAUGACUCCUGUUCUCGUGAUAACUGGACUUCUUGAGACUAGAGCACUGGUGGGCUUCGCUAAUAGAGAUAAAAAACAGCUUCAAUAUGCUGGCAAGAUUGCAAGUGAAACAGCGGACAACAUCCGAACAGUGGUAUCACUAACCAGAGAGACGACAUUUGAGGAAAUGUACAGUGAAAGCCUGCAGAAACCAUUCAGGAAUGCUCAGCGCAAGGCUCAGACGUAUGGCAUCUGUUUUGCAUUUAGCCAGUCCUUCAUACAUUUCACCUAUGCUGCAAGCUACCGUUUUGGGGGUUAUAUGAUUGAAAUUGGAAGGAUGAACCCAGAGGAUGUAUUUCUGGUGUUUUCUUGCCUGGCGUAUGGAGCUCUUACUGUAGGACAAACAUUAUCCUUUGCUCCUGAUUAUGCAAAAGCCAAAUCUGCAGCUUCCCAUUUGUUUCAAUUAUUCUACUCUGAACCAUCUAUAGACAGCUACAGCAAGGAUGGACUGAAACCAGAAAAAUAUGAAGGAAAUUCAGAAUUAUCCAAAGUGACCUUCAAUUAUCCAUCUCGUCCAGAUGUGCCUGUUCUGAAAGCACUAUCGGUUGCAAUAUCAAGAGGAGAAACAGUGGCAUUUGUAGGUAGCAGUGGAUGUGGAAAAAGCACCUCUAUUCAGCUUCUCCAGAGAUUCUAUGAUCCAUCCCAAGGAGCAGUGCUGUUUGACAAAGAAGAAGCCAAUAAUUUGAAUGUUCAAUGGUUAAGAAAUCAGAUAGGAAUUGUGUCCCAGGAGCCAGUGCUGUUUGACCGCAGUAUUGCUGAAAACAUUGCCUAUGGGGACAACACUCGUGAAGUGCCUAGGGAGGAGAUAGAACAAGCUGCAAAGGCUGCAAACAUUCACUCCUUCAUAGAACAGCUGCCAGAGAAAUAUAACACAUCAGUUGGAGGUAAAGGAACUCAACUGUCUGGAGGUCAAAAGCAGAGAAUCGCUAUUGCCCGGGCCCUGAUACGUUCUCCAAAAGUUCUUCUGCUUGAUGAAGCCACCUCAGCACUGGACAAUGAAAGUGAAAAGGUUGUACAACAAGCCCUAGAUCAAGCACGGAAGGGAAGGACUUGCAUCAUGAUUGCUCAUAGACUGUCCACAGUCCAGAAUGCAGAUCUCAUUGUCGUAAUGAAAAACGGAAGGGUAAUAGAAAAGGGAACUCACCAACAGCUUCUGGCAAACCGAGGGGAGUAUUAUGAACUUGUGAAUGCACAGACUAUAACCUAAUCUGAGAUAAGUGGAUGGUGACAUCUGGAUAUAAAAUCAGCUGCAUACUAUGGUGGUGUGGAGAGUCAAGUCUAGCAGUCACGACUGAGACACUGCUGCUGAAUACAAGACCAUAAAGAAGUGCAAACAGCAUAAAGAGGACAAACUGUUGAGUCAUACAAAUCCCAGCUUGGGUUUAAGUCUUUUUAAGAAUGCUGUGCCCCAACUUAGACUCAACAGUUCAACCUUUAUUGAUGGAAAUGGUCAAUAAGUGUGUCUAUACACGUAAAUGAGGAUCAUUAUAAGUAGGGCAGUCAAGUUCUCUGCCUUUAUAAAUAAGUAUGAAGAGAUACCUCUUGAAACUUGAGCAUGCUACUGUUACUUUCUAUACAAAGGCAGGAGUAAGGAUGAAUGAUGAUCAAUAGAUAGAUAGAUAGAUAGAUAGA